UGGGUCAGAACGAGCCGUGGGCCCCGCUUCAGAAGGGUCCCGGAACGAUGGGGCGGGGAGACACCGGGCUUUGUGAACCGGGUCCCGUGCGCGGGGUGGGGGCGGGCGAGAAGCCACCGCCGCCCGUCUCAGUUUAGAGUUACGUUUGUUUUUAUAGUUGUUGGAAUCCCCUUAGAAUGUGCAAGUAGCCAAAGAGAUUUAUUGGAAAGAAAUUGUUACCUGUGAGGGUAGUGAGGUCCUGGCACAGGUUGCCCAGAGAAGCUGUGGCUUCCCCUGGAUAUCUGGCAAUGUCCGACGCCAGAUUGGACAGGUCUUGGAGCAAGCUGGGCUGUAGUGGAAGGUGUCCCUGCCCACGGCAGGGGGUGAAACGGGAUAAGCUUUAAGGUCCCUUCCAACCUAAACCAUUCUGGGAUUUUAAGUAGCUCUCUCUGGAAUCGGGGACAGGACCUGUGGAACGGCUGGAGUUGUGUCAGGGGAGGUUUAGUCUGGAUAUAAGAAAAAAGUUCUUCCCCCAGAGGGUUGUCGAGCACUGAGCAGGCUCUCUGGGGAAUGGUCACAGCCGGCUGUCAGAGCUCCAGUGGUGUUUGGACAAUGCUCUUCGGCACAGAGUGGGAUUGUUGAGGUGUCUGUGGAGGGCCAGGAGUUGGACUCAGUGUGAGUCUCUUCCAGUUUAGGAUAUUCUGUGAUUCUGUGAAGCUGCCCAAUUACAGUAAAUCUCAAUGCAAAAGCUGAGAGUAUUCAGUGCAGCUUCCAGGGUGACAUCAUCUGCUGGGCAGUCUGUCUCUGCUUCUUACCUGAUGGCUCAAGAAUUCCACCCGCUCCUGGUAGCUGCCUCACAGGCUGGGUGGCAUUUGCUGACAUAACUAAAGUCUGAGUCUCAGCUGGUGACAUUUCAGAUUUUUAAAUGGCAGUGUCUCAGUGUGUGCCCUGUGCUGACUCAGCUCAGCCUGCAAAUAAAGGUGGGUGGAGGUGACAGACUUCCCGGAGAAGAGAGAAAUCAGGAUGUCAUUGCCCUGUGGCUGAGGUGCAGAAGCUGACUAGAGGUUCCCUUACUCAGGUUCCUUAAUCAGCCUCUGACAGGGUAGUUGGAACCAAGAGUCAGAUUCCCUCUCACCAGUCUCUGAGUGGAUCAUAACACGGGGUUUCCUUGACACUGAAGUGAGCAGAGCUCUGUGGGUUAUAAAGAGUAGAUGGAUUUUCCCUGCCUUCUGAGCAGGAGCUCACAGAUAAUUUGUUGGGCUCUCUGGGGAGCAGCUGCCUUUGCUCCACAGCCAUGCCCAGCCAUGCUCAUCAGUUAAGGUCUGAUGAUAUUUUUUUGCCCUUCUCUUUCUGUAUAUCCCAAGCUCAGCCUCUGCCUCUCUCUUGCCUCCCUGGGUGCUCAUGGUCUUGGCAAGGGUGUUUCACCCUUGCCUUUCUUGAGAGUGUACCCUGAGGCUUACUGCUUUAGGAACAACUAUUUUGGGGAAAUGGUGAGCUAAUCCUGCUGCUAGAUCCUCCACCAAAACCAAGAAUGACAGAGCUUGAUGUUCACAACUGUGCUUGGGAGAACCCAAUUCCUCUGCACUUAAUUUUUUCUUUCUUUUUGCCUCCUAAAGGGGAAGGGGGCAACAAGUUUUCUUCUUACUACAUCAGAAGAAAAAGAGAAGGCAGUACCCCCAUUUCUUUCCCACUGCAUGUAACUCACAGCAUUCCAGCAGAGUCGUGCACCUGCAGCUGGGAAACCAUGGAGAAGAGUGGAAACAUUCAGCUGGAGAUUCCUAACUUCAGUAACUCUGUUCUGAGCCACCUGAACCAGCUGCGCAUGCAGGGUCGGCUGUGUGACAUUGUGGUCAAUGUGCAGGGCCAGGCUUUCCGUGCGCACAAGGUGGUGCUGGCUGCCAGCUCACCCUACUUCCGUGACCACAUGUCCCUGAACGAGAUGAGCACUGUGUCUAUCUCUGUCAUCAAGAACCCUUCUGUUUUUGAGCAGCUCCUCUCCUUCUGCUACACUGGCAGGAUAUGUCUGCAGCUGGCUGACAUUAUCAGUUACCUGACAGCUGCCAGUUUCUUGCAGAUGCAGCACAUCAUAGACAAAUGCACGCAGAUCCUUGAAGGGAUUCAUUUCAAAAUUAAUGUGGCGGAGGUGGAAGUGGAAUUGAGCCAGACCAGAACAAAGCAUCAAGAGAGACCACCCGAGUCUCACCGGGCAACACCAAAUCUAAACCGUUCCCUGAGUCCACAUCACAACACCCCCAAGGGGAGUCGCCUGGGCCAGGUUAGCACAGUGCUGGACAUUCGGGAGCUAAGCCCACCUGAGGAGUCCACCAGCCCCCAAAUAAUUGAGCAGAGUUCAGAUGUGGAAGGCAGGGAGCCCAUCCUGCGGAUUAACAGAGCAGGACAGUGGUAUGUUGAGACAGGAAUGGGAGAGCGCGGGACACAGAACGACGAGGAGGUGCGGGUGCUGGGAGGAGUGCGCAUUAAGACGGAAAACCUGGAGGAGUGGCUGGGGACAGAGCACCAGCCCUCGGGAGAAGAUGGGAGCAGCGCUGAGGAGGUCACGGCCAUGGUGAUCGACACCACGGGCCAUGGAUCGCUGGGCCAGGAGGCUUUUGCCUUAGGCUCCUCUGGAGCCAAAGUGGUCAGGCCAACCAGCAGCGAGAUCGACAGAUUUAGCCCUUCUGGCAGCAUGGUUGCUGUGACUGAGCGGUACAGAUCAAAAAGCGAGUCUCCCGGGCGGAUGGAUGAGCCUAAGCAACCCAGUUCCCAGGGGGAGGAAUCAGCCAUGCUUGGAAUGAGUGGUUACGUGGAAUAUCUGCGGGAGCAGGAGGUUUCGGAGCGCUGGUUCCGCUCAGGGGAGGGUGCAGAGAAGAUGGAGCCAGACCCUUCCUGGAGGCACACGGUGGUAAGAAGAAGCAGCACUAGGCAGCAGUUUAUACAAGGCAAAAUGAGGUUAGGUAUGAUAAGACAUUAUCUCACUGUGAGUAUACUCAAACAGCAUUGGAUCUGGUUGUCCAGAGAGGCUGGGAAAUCUCUAUUAUGGGAGAGUGUAGCCUCCAAGUUCCUGUUUCCAUUAGACUGCACCAAGCUGUAUUUUUGUUGCCUUUAUUUUUAGUUUUAUCACGUAAAAUGGGAAGCUUUACUGGCCUUCCUAGUUCAUAUAAGUUAAGCUUUUGAAACACGUUCAGGUAUUUUCAAAUACUCCUGUGUAAGUUCCUUAUUUAAUCUGACAUACUCUGAUUUAUUAUUUUACUGCAGUUACCUAAGGCAGUACUUAAAAAAUCAGUGCAUUAUUUUUUUUGCAGACUUUCAGCUUAGCUAUUGUUAAUGUACCUAACACCCUUCCUCUCAGAUCUAUGGUGAAAUGCCUGCAUUAUUUUUAUACUGCAGUAAGGCUUACUUAUUUAAACCUUCCCAUUACCUUUGCAGUCAGACCCAAUACCAUUGGUUAUGAAACUGUGAAACUAAUGAGAAAUGAAAAAUGAAGUUGGAUUGAUUAAUUUACUGCUGAUCAUAAAAAACAGAAAGUGGCAGUAUAAAAAGAUAAAAUACAUUUGAAAUUAGUUACUCAAAUCACAGAAUUGUGGAAUUGUUUGGGUUGGAAGAGACCUUAAAGCUCAUCUUAUUCCAACCCCCCUGCCACGGGCAAGGAUGUCUUCUGCUAGAAUUGCAAUAGAAAUUACUGAGUCUGGGGCAGGACGAGGAGUCACAAAACUAGUCUGAAAGAAACAAAUUAACUUGAUGAUGGCAAUGAAUUCGUUCCUCAUUUGGUCAAGUUUUAAAAGCUGUUUCUUGAGGUUUCCCUGGCUCUGCUUGUUCAUCUACAUGUCUUGGGCAUUGGUAUGAUACGGGGGUUUGUACCUCUGAGAGUAUUUCUGAGAGUUUACAUAUGUAAAACUCUCUGAAUUACUGUGAAGCUUUUUCCUGAAUCCUUCCUUGCCUGUGCAUUGGUAACUGAACACAACUCUUGGCUGCAAGAGGCCAGUGGGAGGAGGGUGGCAGCUGUGGGUGACACUAACAAGUGGACUGUGCAAUUCUUGGGCUGACAGAUUGGAUUUUGGGAAGAGGCAUGAAGCCCCAACCCCACCGUGGCUGUCUCCAGCCCCAGGGUGUUCUUUCAGUCGAUGUGUGUUUGCAGAGGCUGUACAGGACAGCCUGGAUCUCCAGAGAUGCAGGGAAGGAGGGUGUAGGUGGCAUGCAGGCACUUUUCUCAUGUGUUAGAAGUUUUCUUAAGCCAGGGUUGUGCUACUGGGGGAAGCACCCCAAGUGGGAUUGAGAGUAGAAUUUUGUUAUACCCUUUGCUUAAGGAUAAUUCCUUGGGCUUCCCUAAGGCACUGGAAGAAAGCUGACACUAGACAGUUUUUUCCAGGGCAGUGUUUUCAUGGAGCAAGUGCCAGUAAGGAAUAUUGGGAAGGGAGAGAGGAGUGUUGUUCAAAUAAGGCAUGGUUGUUUUGUGUUGGUGGGUAAUAUGGCUGACAUUUAGAAUGGGCAAGAGCAAUCCUGGGUGGCAAAAAAGACUUUUCUGAAUAAGGUCUAUUAGAAGCUGAAUGAGGAGGAAAAUAACAUGCACCUGUAUGUUCUUGCAGUAACAUAUUCCUCACUUCAUGCCCCACACUUGCAGGGAGAAUUAGCAAUGGAUGACAAGGCUGGAUCAAAGCACUACUUUAGUCUGAAAAGGGAAGGGAAUGAAUGCAGUUUUCCCAAGUCUCUAGUGUGUUAAACACUAGCUGAAGCUUCCAUGAGCUGUGACUCCAUUGUCCCCAGAGCUCCCCUUGUUUCCCUGGUGUCCCCCCAACUUUCCUGCACAACACUGUGAAUAUGAUAUCUGUAGCUCUUUUCAAAACUUUCGGUUUUUCCAUUAAAACUUCUCAGAGCAGGAAAUGUUGUCCUACUGCAGGAGCAGACAGGACAUGACCCCCAACAGGGCACAGAUAGUUGAGAAGUGGGAGAGAAAGUUUUAAGAGUUAACAAAGGAAGUGGCUUUGUACAGCAAUUUGCUAAUCAAACAAACUUGUAAAAAACUUAACUGACAAUCAAUUUCUAAAAUACAAAAGCCUCUUAGAGGUAUAGUCAAGUAUAUCUUCACCAGAAAGAUUUAACUGGGAUAACUUAAUAAAGAGAAUAAAGAGCACAGGAUUUUGGGAUUUUUCCUUUUUUUUUUUUUUUUUUUCCUUUUGAGCAAUCACUCCAGAAACGUAGUUGCAUUCAGGAGCAAUGUAUUCACAGGACAGUAACUACCUCUCUCUCUUGGAGUGCUGAGGUUACCACACUACACAACACACUCUAGCAACAAAGCUUUCACUUUAAAGAGAUUUGUUUUCCUUACCUCUGUGUUUCAGAAAUGCAAGUCUGCUCUGUAAAGUGACUCUAAUGAAAAUGUCAUCUGGGAGGGGCAAUGGGAGUCCUUUGGGGUACACACAGUCCUUGGCCUCCAGUUCCUUACUGUGACCCUUUGCAGGUUGGCCAUGGGGCUCUGACAGUUCAGGGGGACUUUGUCACCUCCUCUGUGAUGCCUGACAGUGAACUGUCCUCUGGGCUAGAGCUGUAAGACCACAUUCCUGCAUUAGGAAAUCAGUUAAUGGUGGGGAAGGUAAAAGGAGUAUCCAUCUCCCUCCUGCCUCCAAGGCAGCAGGCAACAGUAAAAAAAAAAGCAUAAAAAAGAAAAAAAAAAAGAAAAAAAGCAUAAAAAAGCAAUAAGAUAAUAUAGAAACACUUUAUAUAUUGUUCAUUAGUCCGCGGAUCUGACUCUGCAAAUAUAUAUAUAUAUACACACACACAUACAGAGAGGAAAUCUCUCAUGUGAAAAGGUGCCAUUGUUUUUUCUAAACAGAGUCCCUUUCCAAACUAGAACAGCACUUUAAAUAGGUUCCUCUUUAAAAAAAAAAAAAAAAAAAAAAAAAAAGUAAAAAGCAAACCCUUUUCUGCCGCAAUGCACUUUAACUGGUCAUAUGAGUACAGCUGUGGCUGGCUUGGGACACGGCUGUAUGGGCAGGCAGCUCCAGGGCAGCCACAGCUUGGGGGGAGCAACGUUGCCAGAUGCUUGGACAUGGCAGCUCUACCUCCAGCAGCCCCCCAGGCCAGCAUGGCCCCCACACCACCUGGAGUAGCCCCACUGUGCCCAAGCACUGAUGGGGCUGGUGGCUGUUAAGGGACUUCAUAAUGUGUCAAGAGAAACCCACCCUUGCCUAUCAAGAAGAUUUAAACCCCAUUUUUUAACAGGUCAGAAGUUGCACCCAGUUACAACCCAGCUGGUGGCCCAGGGCUGAGCUAAGCUGAAUAGCAAAGCUAGGAGAAAACUGUUACUGGGGUUGUGGGGUUUUUCCAUAACAUGAAUAUGGAGACCUUGUCAGUUCCGUUUGUUUUUUUUUUUUUCUUUUUUAAUCCAAGUUUGUGUGUCCCACAUUGAUUCUGCUGUGAGCUGGUUUGCAGAGUAACCAUUUGUAACAGAAAUUUUGCUGUCACCUUCAACUAGUGACCUGUAAACCAAACCUUUUUAGGACAGGUGUCCUAAUACUCAAGACUUAAUUUCACAGUUAAGAAAUUUCCUGCUGUAUUAAUUAUUCUUUAUUAUUUUAUUUUUGAUUGCAGUCCUUAUUUCAAGAAAAAGAAGUCAGUGUUCAGACUAGUCUAGAGUAGGCUGAAGCCUUCUGUAACUUGUGGAUAUCAGACUGUUCUUCGGUGAUUUUGCAAGCUGUUUC